AUGUGAUGGCCUUGCAGAUGUGAUGGGCUCUGCUUUGGUUACACGGUAUGCUAGGGGGGCCAUGCUGACAACGUGAUCUUGUUGGGUAGACUACCUCGCAAUGCAAUGGUUUGCAUGUUCGCAUGUGCUUGUUGAAACAGGCCCUCGACGGUUAUUGUUGAGGUUUGCAUCCACUGUUUGUCGUUGUGCUGGUCCAAUGGGGCCAGGUUGUCGCUUGUUACAUGGAGCAGCCACGAUCCUCUUCAUUGUCUCGUCGUCUCACCUCACCCACUUGCUUGCAGACCUGGACUUCUUCCUACCUGUCGCUCACUCGCCGCAAUCACAUGGAGUGGCAUCCUGGACGGUUCUGUCGCUGUUGUUGACGGCUACAGGUAUCCUUUUUGUCGAGGCAGCACUUCCUCUCCUCAUUGGAGGAACUCCGCUCGCGGCGCUUCUUCUUCCGCGAUGGUUCUGUCCACGUCCAAGCAUGUCAUGUCGACUUGCUGCACGCACAUCACGGAGUGCACUGGGGUGACUACGACUUGCGCACUGAUCAAGUCAAGUGGUUGUCCAAGUCGACAGUAGUAUUGAUAAUAGCAAUGUCUGAUGGCGGUGGUGUUUGAUAGAGGGGUCAGAGGCGCGAGUGAUAGGGUCCACCUCCACAUGAAUCAUAAGCCGCGGCAAAGGUAGCUAUCUUGCCCACGACCGAUAAGG